AUGACAGAGGCCACAGCCGCACCAAGGCCACAACCGCGCAAACCGCGCCGAGAAAAGAAACCGCCAUUGACCCAUUUUCUUUGCCUCCCCUUAGUUAACACCGCCUCAAUAUUGCAGCUGGAAUCAUCACUCACGGCAUUCAAAAAUGCCCAUCUUUUGAGCCCAGGUCCCACUCCCCAGACCGCAAACCACCGAGGCCUGGGUCUUCCCAGCAGUGCCUUCCGCCCAUUGGGCACACUGCAUCUUACCCUGGGGGUGAUGAGCCUCCCUACCAAGGAGCGUGUUGACCAAGCUCUUUCAUUCUUUCAAUCCCUAGAUCUGGCAGGCCUGAUGAGUGAGGCGGAACAAGCGUCCGCUCCACAACAGGAAACCACUCACAAUCAACCAUCACCCUUCACUAUUUCUCUCGAGUCAUUACAUGCUCUACCCCGUGGCAAGGAAGCAACGGUCUUACAUGCCCAUCCGGUGGAUCCUACAGGCCGCUUGUUGCCAUUCUGCGUGAAGCUACGUGACAAAUUCAUCAACGCUGGCUUCAUCCAGAUUGAAACCAACGCAAGAUCCAAGGCCAAGGAUAGGUCCUCGAACAACAUUCCAACCCAGGACGCCAAUCAAUCUUCCCAAUCCUCUGAUCUACCCAUCACUGGGUCUCUGCACCUAGCAGAAAGAUUAAUCGCAUCCGAACCCCCAAGCUUGGCAGAGAACACGGACCCAUCCACAGUUGCAAUAGCCCGAAAGCCAAAACCACGACCACUUCUCUUGCAUGCAACUCUCGUCAACACAAUUUACGUUCGUGGGCGACAUAAUUAUCCGAAUAAAAACGCCAAAGGCAAAGACGCUAAGCGCAUUACCUUCGAUGCUCGCAAUCUGCUCGCGCAAUAUCGUCAUUACUACUCCGAUGAAGAAAGGACCACUCCACACGUCCCGCCUUUUGGUUUCUCAAGUACGGAAUCGAAUCCACGUCUCCAAUCAUCUGCAGAGACUGGUGAGAAUAAGGAGGAACCCGAAGUAGAAAAGGAUGGAAGUGUUUCUGCUUCUCCUUCUGUCCCGCCAUCACCCAGCUAUCCGUUCAUCUGGGCGAGAGAAAUUCCGCUGGAUACAGUCUGCAUCUGUGAAAUGGGUGCCAAGAAGUUACAUCCUGGUGUUAAUGAUAGAUUUGGUCUGAACGAGCGUCUUGAUGAGCAGUACACUGUCGUUGCGGAGCGAAGUUUGCUUCCAGUGCAGACUGCGGUGUCUUCGUUGGACACUACGUCUCCGCAGGAUGCACUUGAAUCUGGUAGAGAGUGA